CCACCAUCCUCACUGCACACUCUGCUCUGCACCCAGUGGGGUCCCAUCUCACCUUCAGCAUGCCCCUGCCACACACAGUGGCUGUGCCCAGAGCCUGCACAGCAGGGAAGAGAGACUGAGGCUGGGAAGGAGACUUGUUGCCUGGUGAUCCUGUUUCUGAAGACCAAAGGAGAACUCCGUUAUCCAGCUGCCUACUCCCUUCCCUUUCUGAAGGUCACCCCAGCUUAGCCAUGGCGCUGGCAGCCAGCAAAAGCAGAGCAACAGCCUCCACACUCACCCGCAGCCCUGUGGCCACCACCACCGUGGUCCAGCCGGGCUUCCUGCGUGGCUGGCUUAGCCGCAUCCCACUACCCAAAUGGGCACUCAUCGCUGUGGCUGUGGCAGCGGCCAUUCUCCUCCUCCUCUUCCUCAUCUGCAUCAUCAGGUGCUGCUGUGGCAAGAAGAAGCACAAGAAGAAGGAGAGAGUCAACUUGCAUGCUGUCAGCAGCUCCACCACGGCCAGCCUUGUGCAGCCCGAGAUGGAGGACCUGGAGCAGGGUGUGGAACAGACAGUGCGAGGAAAGCUGCAGUACUCCCUGGAGUACAGCUUCCGUGCACAGGAGUUGAAGGUUGGUGUGAAGCAGGCAGCUGAGCUGAAGGCCAUGGACAGUGGAGGCACAUCUGAUCCAUAUGUGAUCGUCUACCUGACAUCUGAUAUGAAGAAGAAGUAUGAGACCAAGGUUUACCGCAAGACUCUGAACCCUGUCUUCAACGAGAGCUUCACUUUCCAGGUACCCCAGGCAGAGGUGCCCGAAUCCACGCUGGUGAUGCAGAUCUAUGACUUCAACCGCUUUACCAAGCACGACAUCAUUGGCGAGGUCCGGCUGCCCCUGGCCAGUGUCAGCCUGCAGCAUGUCAUUGAGCAGUGGAGUGACCUGGUGGCAGCCAGUAAAGUGGAGGAAGAACAGCUGGGUGAGAUCUGCUUCUCUCUGCGCUAUGUCCCCAGCACUGGCAAGCUGACGGUGCUCAUCCUGGAAGCCAAGAAGCUGAAGCGGAUGGAUUCUCAUGGGCUCUCAGAUCCUUUUGUGAAGGUGCAUCUCAUCCUGAACAGGAGGAAAUGGAAGAAGAAGACGACAAGUGUGAAAAAAAACACCUUAAGCCCUUACUUCAAUGAGGUGUUUGUUUUUGAGGUGCCUUUUAAUCAGAUCCAGAACGUGGAUGUGGUUAUUUCCAUCUGGGAUCAUGACAAAGUGACCAAGAAUGAGCCCAUUGGCAAGCUCUUCCUGGGCUGCCGAGCCACGGGCAACCAGCUGCGGCACUGGUCCGACAUGCUGUCCAACCCCCGCCGGCCCCUCGCCCAGUGGCACAGCCUGCAGCCCCCCGAUGUGGUCGACAAAGCCCUGGGGCUGAAGUCCCACCUCAGGCUGCCCCUGCCCACCAGAUAGUGUGGGUUCCCUCUGCCACCCCGGGGGCAGGGCACAAGGCUUGCAGGCAGGUGGGGGGCUUCUGUUCAACAACAUCUGGAUGUGUUUUCCCUGCUCAGUGUCAGCAAAGAGGGGAUUGGAGACUCUUUUUGUCCAAGAGAUGAUCUUGGUGCUGGUACCCUGUGUGAUGUCUGGAGCAAGGCUUGGCACCCAGGGCAAGGCUGAAGUGGAGCAGAGGAUACUAGAAGGGACUGUGUGGAUGCAGGAGCCAGCUCAUCCUGCCAGGAGGAUAAAUACACAGAGCUUCAAGCACAUGCAAAAUGAGAGUCCAUUGAUAUUUUUCAAGUGGAGGAUUAAUAUGCCAGAAGCCUAUGGUGGGCAGUUUCUAUGGCUGUGAAUAACUUGUCAAGAGGUGAGCUUUUGGGAAGGCUUUAUGUGUCCCAUGAAGGCUUUUAAACAAGACCAAGGUCUUGAAGCUCCCUAAGAGGCUAAAAGGAGAGAAAGAGAACAGGCUAAUGAAGAAGGUGUUGGAGAUACAGGACUAGUUCUUUAAUGCCUCUGCAAUAUGUGUGUUCUAUGUUCUGGCUGAAGGCUAAAUGAGACAGCAGAGUCAGGCACUGCUUUUCCACAUGGCUUCACUCUUGGUCCGUUUCCAGCCCAUGCUGACUCGUGCUGGCAAGGUGUGACUCAGGGUAUGGGAUUCAUCAGCAAGCAUCUUCAUGGACCAUGCAGAUGGGGAUACCCAGCCUCUGCUCCAUCCACCUUAUGUGGUCCCACAGCACUAGUGCAGCAAGGUUUGCUGGAGCUGCUGCCAGGGUGGAGGGGCUGAGGCUCUCAUGUCAUGAUCACACUACCCUGAUGAGGGCUUGGCUGCAGACCUUGUGUCACUUCUGAGCAGGUUUCAUGUAAUCUGGGAGGUUUUUGUGGCCACAUGUCCUGCCCUGCCCUGCUUUAUGGGGCCUUGAGGUGAGAUCUGUGCAGUAAAGAGCCUUACUAGAAGGAUGAGGGCAUUGGAGAGGUGCCACCUUCUCUAUCUGUCCUUGAGUAUGCUGCAGUUUGGUGUGGCUUGAGAGCAGCUCCCCUGAGCCACCUGCAGGAGGAAGCUCACUGCAUUGGGCUGCAGGAGGGAAUCGCCCUUGCUCUGAAAUACUUCAGCUACAAAGCAGCCACAGCACCAGAUUUAGGUUCAUAUAAUGUAAUUGCAACCCAAAAGUAAUUUGCACCGUGAGAAGCUGUGGGCACAACUCUAAUAGCUGUUGCCUGAGCUCUGGAGGGGAGAGUGUCUGGUGCAUUAAUGAAGAGCCAUUAAUACUGGAAAGCAGUUAAUCUGCAAUUACCCGGAGCCCCAUGGAGUGACCAUCUGAGAGUUAAACAAACAUAGCGAAGCUGAGGAAGAUUAUGAAAACUCUUGAUA